AUGAGAGCACAAACAUCAAAUACGUCUGCCAAAUCUUCUCAUAGUCUAGGAAGCACUUUGGCAUGAUCUCGGCAAGAAAGUCCUAAUGCAAUUAAGAAGAGUGAAUCGAUUGUAAAAGUACCAAAAAUUUUUGAAAAGAGGCACCCAAGAAAAGCAUCUUGCUCUUUUGAAGUGAAUGAAAAAGAAGAAGUUUUUAAAUUAAAUAGCUUCGGCUUAAAUACUCCUCAUGAUCCCAUCAGAGCCGCUUAUGAAAAUCCAGGACAGCUUAAUCUAACAUUUAGCAACAAAAAUUUACUUCAAGAAAAUAUUUUAAGGAGACAUCCUUUGCCAGCGCAUAAUCGUUCUUUUUCAGAAGCAAAAAUUCUUCCUAACGCUAAGCAUAUUCGGCUACUAAAAGUAGAGCAGUGGAAAAUCCAUAAAGAAAAGUCUUUGAAGUCUAAGCUAUACGAAGAUAUUCUCAAUUCAAACUACAGAGAUACCGAAGAAAAUCUAAAAAAAUUGCAAGAUGAAAGAUAUGAGUUAAGAUCAGAAUUUACUCAAUUGAAAGAAGAAUUAAAUGAUGCACUUAACGACCUCCGAGAGAUCAAGGAGAACAUUAAGUCUCAAGAAAGCCUAGAAAAGGCAAGGCAAGUUAAGAGGCCUUAUCAGUUUUUUAAAAAAUUUACGAUUCCAAAACAAAUAGAAUCAAAGGAAAAUUUAUUAAAAAAAGAAUCAGAAAUUCUAAGCUUGGUGAAUACCAUAAGCCAAGAGAUUGAAAAACAGACUAAGAAUUUAGAAGAUGUGGAUAAAGAAGUAAAAACUGUGAAAAAUAAAUUGAAAAAAAUAAAUAAAGAAAGAGUAAGCCAUUACUUCGAAUUGUUAAGUGAAGGAAAAGACACAAGAACUGAUGGGCUAUGAUGGAUCAUUAAAGUUUUAUGAGACUUAAACCAAGAAUUAACACCAGAAAACUUUCCUGACUUUUUAGACCAAAAAACUAUAGUAUGCCUGGUUGACCUUGCCCAAAUUAGUUUUGAUAUAGACAAGCUUCAAGGCUGCUUUUUAAACCCUUCAUCUUCUACUACAAAAUCAUCAAAAAAUAUAACUACGAGAUGAAAUAAUAUAAAGUCUCGUCUUUUCAAAUUAAGUAAAAAUAUAGAGAUCCAAAAACCCAUAUCUCAAUGAGACAAACAAAAGAAAACCAAUGUGACUGUAUGAGCCCCGCUUUCUCCUACCUUGUCUAGUCCUGGUGCAGAAGAAUCUGAAGAUUUAAAAGACAUGAAAACAAUUGAAGCGCAAAUUUCCUAUUUAAAAGCUCAAAUGAGCUAUCUUCAGCUUCAAGAAAUGAAGCGUCUUGUCUCUGAAUGCUCCAUCAAUAACUAUGAAAAAACCCACAAUACAUCACUUCGUGACCUGAUUUCUACCAUCGUUGGAAUUUCCAAUGUAGACAAAUUUAUGCCAUCUCUUUUCAAUGAACAAAAAUCCUUGUUAUCAAAAUUAAAAUAUUCAGUAUAUCAUAAAUGCUCCAUUUAAUUAGAAAAAGUUCUUGAAAUCUUUAAAUAGACAUUUUUGAGCCAAAUAGUGGAAAAUUGAAAAUAGAAUAGCAUAUACGAAAACAUUUUCGUUUACAUCUAAAAAUUCUAUUCCUUUUAAUAUGUAA